ACAUACUGGACACACUUAGACGUUCGCAAUAAUAAACAUAUAGAGGCCUGUGUUGUGAGGAUGUUCUGAAGUGAUCUGAAGUAAACCGACUCUCCGUCUGAGAUGAGUCUCCCGGAGAAACAGAGUGUAAGAUCAGGCUUACGUGUGUCCAGCUCUGUGUCUGUGAAGAGUGACUGUUCAAAAGAUUUUAAGCCACCAGACUUCAGUGAGAAAAAACCAUCAUCUACAAAAAGUGUAAGAUCAGGCUCACAUGUGUCCAGCUCUGUGUCUGUGAAGAGUGACCAGUCAAAAGAUAAAUCAAUAAACUUCAGUGAGAAAACAACACCGACCAAAAGUGUAAGAUCAGGCUCACAUGUGUCCAGCUAUGUGUCUGUGAAGAGUGACCGUUCAAAAGGUGAUCCACCAAACUUCAGUGAGAACAAACCAAACAAAAGGGUUCAACAUGAGAAAUCAGACACAAAGGUUCAGAAGUGCCACUUCCACAAGAAGUUCAGAGAAAAUCUCCACAGCGUAUUCCAGGAUCUUGAGAACAAAAUAAUAACAUUUUUGAAGUACGAGCUGGAAAAGUUUAAGAAAAUAUUAAAAAAGGAAAACACACAAUACUUUGUGAGGGAUAAAGAUGACAUGUGCAGGAUCAAAGAAGCAGCUCUUGAUCUCACACUCUACUUCCUGAGAGAGAUGAAGCAAGAUGAAGCUGCUGAUAAUCUAGAAGAUAAGCUGGUCUUCAUGCAUCUUAAAUCAAACCUAAAGAAAAAGUAUCAAUGUGUGUUUGAAGGAAUUGCUAAGCAAGGUGAUGCUACGCUUCUGAAUAACAUCUACACAGAUCUCUAUAUCACUCAGGGUUGUAGUGAACAGGUCAAUACUGAACAUGAGAUAAGACAGAUUGAAGUUACUUCCAGGCGUCAUGAAUCACAGGAGAUACAGGUUGAAUGCACACAUUUAUUUCAACCUGGAAAAGACAAGAAGAUCAAAACUGUGCUGACAAAAGGAGUUGCUGGCAUCGGAAAAUCAGUCUCUGUGCAAAAGUUUGUUCUGGAUUGGGCUGAAGGAAAAGAAAAUCAAGAAAUCAGCUUCAUAUUUCCUCUUCCAUUCAGAGAGAUGAACUUACAGGAUAAAGAAAAACAAAGUUUGAUGGACCUUAUAACUCAGUUUUUCCCGGAGACAAAAGGACUGAACCUUGCAAAGAGGAAUAUGUACAAAGUCCUGUUCAUCCUUGAUGGAUUGGAUGAAUUUCGUCUUCCUCUAAACUUUGAGGGUAAUGAGACGUGGUCUGAUGUAUCUUCACCAGCCUCUCUGGAUGUUCUCCUCACAAACCUCAUCAAGGGAAAUCUGCUUCCUUCUGCUCUCAUCUGGAUCACCACCAGACCAGCAGCUGCCAGUAAGAUUCCUCCUGACUGUGUCGACCGAGUAACAGAGAUACGAGGAUUCAAUGAUGCACAAAAGGAGGAGUACUUCAGAAAAAGAUUCAAAGAUGAGAAUCAAGCCAAAGAAAUCAUUGAUCAUGUAAAAAAAUCAAAGAGUCUGUUUAUCAUGUGCCACAUCCCAGUCUUCUGCUGGAUUUCAGCCACUGUUCUCCAAAACAUUUUGGAAAUGAAAAAAAAUAAUGAUCAGAAAAACAAUCAGGCGGAUGACGCCUCCAAAACACUGCAGGAAUUAAACACUGGAGACACUCCUAAGACUCUGACACAAAUGUACACACACUUUCUCCGCUUUCAAAUCCAGCAGAGCAGACGAAAGUAUGAUGGAGAAUACACACCAGAUGUUUCCUGGGAUAAAGAUGCCAUCGUUUCACUGGGGAAACUGGCAUUUCAACAACUGGAAAGAAACAAUGUAAUCUUCUAUGAAUCAGAUCUGGAAGCCUGUGGUAUUGAUGUCUAUAAGGCAUCAGUGUAUUCAGGCAUGUGUACCCAGAUCUUUAAGGAGGAAACAGGGAUCAUUCUUGGUACCAUGUACUGCUUUGUUCACUUGAGCAUUCAAGAGUUCAUUGCAGCCCUUUAUGCACAUCUGUUUCUAGACAUGAACAAGAAAAGCGUGUUUGUUCAUGACUCUACAGAACAGGAAAACAAAAAUGAAACCUUGACUGAUUUGCUCAAGACUGUAGUUGACAAAGCGCUUGAGAGUGACAAUGGACAUCUGGACCUUUUCCUUCGCUUUCUUCUUGGCCUGUCAAUCCAGUCCAAUCGGCUACUCUUACAAGGUCUGUUGACACAGCAAGACGAAAAUGACCAAAGCAAAAAGGAAAUAGUUCACUACAUCAAGCAGAAAUUUGAAGCUAAUCUGUCUCCAGAGAGAUCCAUCAAUCUGUUCUACUGUCUGAAUGAACUGAAUGAUCAAACUCUGGUGAAAGAUAUUCAGACCCACAUUAACAAAGGAAGUCUCUCAUCUGCUGAGCUUUCUCCUGCCCAGUGGUCUGCUAUGGCCUUUGUGUUGUUGACAUCAAAGGAGGAGCUGGAGGAGUUUGAGCUUCAGAAAUUCAAGAAAUCAGACGAGUGUCUCAUUAGAUUAUCAGCAGUCAUCAAAAACUCCAAAAUAGCUCUGUAA